CCACAGCACCCGGCCCUUCCAUGUAUUUUCUGUAGUUAUUCUUAUUCUAAUCUCAAUAAGGAAGCUGGAGGAAGGAACUUCCGAAUUCUGUGCCCAGCAUUCAGCCUUUCUAUAACCUCCAAGGGCAGCACUGAGAGCAUCGAGGGCCUGGGUGGCAGGGAAGAAUGCAUCGGACCGCCCUUAAAUGUUCUUCAAAUUCUCUUCCUACCUGGCUGGCUGGCAGCUCAGAGGGAUGGGGUUGCAGAGACUUUGAGUUCCCAGGGUAGGCAAUGGCGUUGCAUCCUGGGUGAUGGAUGACAAGGGGAGCUGGAAGGCACACCUUGUCCGCGGGGCAGCAACGAGGGUGCGCGCGCGACGGGUAGGUGGCCAGCAGCCGUUGGGGCGCAAAGCUGUUUCCCAGGAGAGAACCAGCUGCUGCCGCGGCACUGCUCCCGACCUGCAGGGCCAGCCUGACACAGCCAGGCCCUGGGGACCCACCAUGGAGCCUAAAGACACCAAACGUGAGUUUGCCAAGACACUUCCAGCGAACUUGCAGCCAGAGCCUCCCACACCCCCGGCGCCUUCCACCAUCUCGGUGAGUGAUGCACCUCCGCCGCAAGCCAAAGGCUCGGUUCGUGCAGUGCGCGUCGCACUGCCAAAGAAAUCUGUCCAAAGCAGACGCCCAAAGCCCUCUGCACAGAGUUUGUCCAAAAGCUCAAAGGAAGGCAUGAUCAAAAAGCGUGCUAAAGAGGGAACGAUCAAAAAGCCUGCCGAGGAGUUGACCAAAAAGCAAGCCGAGGAGGAGAUCAAAAAGUAUGCUGAGGAGGAGGAGGUCAAAAAGCGUGCUGAGGGCCGGGCCAAAGUCCCUCAGAAAUUCAGAGACAGCCUCAAACGUUUUUUCUUCUCACCCACUGGAAUGUUGAAGAUCCUGAGAAUGGGGUUUAUCAUAGGAGCAUUAGCCUGUUUCAUCAUCGUUGAAGCCAAUGAGUCAUAUAUCGCAAUCACGGUUCUGGAAAUCAGCAUCGUCCUUUUUUUUAUUCUAAUAUAUAUGCUAACCCUUCACCACUUGCUGACUUAUUUACAUUGGCCCUUACUUAGUGCCAAGUGACAGGAAGCAGACAAAGCAAAAUACCAGCAACUGUAAUUGGACAUAUGGAAGACCCUCCUAGUUGUGGAGAGCUAUACCCAUGGAGAGGUUUCUGAGGGAAAACUAAAAAUCUCUG